AAAAAGCCCACUCUCUUACGAUGGCGGCUUACAGACGCCAAUUCGACACGCUCCGCUACAACUUCCUGGUUCAAGGCAACUCGGGUACUGCUUACACCAUCAGUCAGCACAUUAUUUUGAAAUGUCCCACCCUGAGAGAGGAGAAGAGCCAUGUGGAAAAACACGUCAACAACGCAAACACUGCCAGUAUAGACCACGAGAAAGACAUCUAUACCGCAACGGCAUCUUACGGAAGACAUCCGAACGUCCUCUGUGUCAUCCUCUGCAUCCCGGAAGCUAUCUUCCUUCCACGCAUGAAGACCACGCUUUACCAAUACCUAAAGGACAACCCUCUACUCUGCGCCGACACCGAGCUGCAAAAUAGAUGGAUCUCGCAACUCAUCGGUGCGGCAGCUUGGCUGGAAAAGAUAGAUGUCAAGAUUGCCGACUUUGACGCCACGGUGGAAAUAGGCAGCGAGCUACUUGCUGGCGCGCUCCCCCUGGGCAAAAGAGGACGCUCAAGGCAAUUGUCCACAGGCUGGCCCGGAGACCGAGCAGUUUUCGUUGGGAUCGUGUAUUUUCAACAUUCGCUAUGGUCAUCCUCCGUAUGCCGAGCUCGAAUCGCCCGUCUGGUAUGAGUAUAUGAGCCAUCGACGAUAUCCCUCCACGCCGAAAGGUGAUGAUGUCGGAGAUAUCAUUCAGACUUGUUGGAG